GACUUAUAUCCACAGCUGACCACGUCAGGUCCACAUCUGCACUCGGUGAGGUUGUGAUCACACUACUCUGUGUGUGGGACUUGACUCCUCUGACUCUCCAACAAACAAGAUGCAGAACAGGACUGAGAGGUUCGGAGCUCAGCUGCCUCUCUUUGUUCCAGCCAGCAGCUCUCAGCAACAUCUGUUCAGGAAGAGCACCACCUACCUGGCUAAGAUCGCUGUCGUCCUCCAAGACGCUCCAGGCAAGAUGCUCACUUUUGCUCAGUUGAUGGACAGACUGGUGCCAUUAAUCUCUGAAGACAGAAAAUCUGUUGAGAACAACAUCAGAGUCUGUUUAUCAACCAACAAAUGUUUUGUCAAGAUUCCAGUGGUCCCAGAUUCACUGGACAGUAAGAGAAACUACUGGAAACUGGACCCCAGUCAGAUCACAGCAAAGAUGGUGCGGCGUCACUUCAAAGGAAUCCUGCAGCUCUUCCCUGAGCUGGCCUCCAAAGUGGAAACAGAGCGCUGCUCAGCUCUCCACUCUCCUGAACCUGCAUCCUGCAAAGCUGUUCAGAUCAGAUGUGAGGUGAAGUUCAGCAGUCCUUUCUCCAUCGAAUCCCUCCUGAAGAGAGACAGUCCCUCGGCUCGGGCCUCCAGAGCUUCUCCUCUGUCCAGUGUGCCGGUCAGAGUGGAGCACACACAUGGACACAGAGUUGGGACACAGAGGAGCUUCAGCUGGGGCUCUGAGGAGCCUCUCCUCCUCCAAGCUUCAGCUGGAAGUUCCUCCAUCUGCUCAGCAGGGGGCAGCACACACCAUGGACUCACUGCUAAUGGAGCUUCUAAGCCCAUCAAGAGGAUGCAUGUGUGCACUGAGCCUUCAUUCCCCGUUUACACAAGAGCCACUGCUGCUGCUUAUUUCACCAGCCCACACAGCAGUUACAUCACUUGUUCUGUACCAUCAUUUACCCAUGAUGCCCUCUGUUUCUGGCUGUAAUGUGUUUUGUAUCUG